AUGGAAGACAGCUGGAGGGCACGAUGGCCCAUGCGCCUGCGUGCCUUGUGGUCGGUCAUUCGGCCGCCACUUUUGAGAUACCGGGAAAUUGCUCCGGCAGCAGGACUGCUUUAUGCGAUUUGGCAGCGGCGGCAGUGGCAAAGGCAGACGGAGAUGGCGGCAGAGGCCGUCAGAGAAGGCCGCUUCAUGGAGCAGUGCUCGUUGCUGCUCGUGAACGUGGAAGGCCUCGCUAAAGGUGCGAACCUUUCUGGCACCGUGUCUAUCCAGACGCUGUGCACGCGGACGUUGAGAUCGCUGAUGUUCGAUAAUGAGAAGAUGGUGGAGUUGGUUAGCGACGCGGCUGAGCGAGCGACGCACUCGUCGCCGCUGUUGGAGUUGGGUGGCGACGGCUGGCUGGUCAUGGCCAACAUUAACGCUCAUCUGAUGGAGUUACUUGGUAGCAGCGGCCACGCCGCCGCGGCGUGCGGCUUCAAAGUGCGAGUGGUCGAGUUCCUGUAUGGGCUGGUGAACGACCGGACCACCACCUCGAGACAGCAGCUGCGG